CUUCAUCCGCUUUCAAUACACCGUGCCACUGCCCACCCGACUCCACUAUAUGGCGUCUCUCCCUUACCAUCACAGCCAACCAACUGUACACUUACCACUUACGGGCGCCGUCUUCUUAGACUUCUUCGCUCGAUCCUCCCGCGGCUUUCAAAUUCACAAUACCGGCCAGGCUUUGAGCGUGGACGAGGACUUUCAAGUGAUAAUCAGCGCCUACGAAAUGUCGGUUCUCUGUCUUCCUUACCACAAGACUCCCUGACUGUGGACAGUGAUAUCAACACUAUCCAUCCAACCUCUACUCUCUGUUCCGGAGAUAUAGAACUCAUAGAACUAGUCAUGCUACUCGAAGCCAGUAAUAAACGCUCUCGUUUCUCCAAAGUACGUUCUUCCGGCGUUUCGGCUGCUCUUUGUCGGCCUUCCAACGACAAUGCAGAACCUGGAUCUAACGUUGUCUUCUCUAUGCCACACUCAUUAACCUCUAAUAUGUCGCUAACUCCCUCCGAAAGAACUGAUGCAUCCUCUGUUGCAGUUUCCAAAUGUCCGCUUAGUAAAACGAAAUUUUCUUCUUCGCAUCGGCGGUUCCAUUCACACAGGUUUACCGCCUUUUUGUUGGCUAGCCUUCUGCUGCGCGUCUUGCCACUCUAUCGGCAUGUCCAGUUCACUGCCGGUCGGAAUGCCUUCAUCAAGACUGGCCGCCAGCAUCACAGGGCUUCUGCUCGAUGUCGUCUAUUCACGUGUCCAUUGUGUCCUCGAAACUUUCCUCUGGCCAGUCGGCUACGAGACCACCUAGCUACCGACCAUGCCUCUGGUCUCACAUCAGCCGUUCUUACUGCGCUUAAACACCUCCACGGAGUAAACCAACAAAGAUCCUCUCGAUUCCGGGCGGAGACCCCUAGAAACCAAGUAUCAAUGCGCACUCUCUCUGCACAUAAUCCUAUGCCCUCAUUACCUCACGCUCAAUACAUCACUUCCACUAGUGAUGCAGGAUCUGUCAUCCAGACCAACAGCUCUUUGGCAUGCAGUGACACCAUCACCGAAGGUGUUAACAGCUCUAUCAGCCAUGCAAAAGACGGUUCUGUCACUCUUUUGUCUACAUCUGACCUCUCUUCCAUCCAACAGUUCACUACUCCUUUCUGCUCGGGUAAAUUAACACAGGCGCCAAAUUGUACUCUCGAGGAGUUUCCAUUUCGCCUUGAUUGUCCUCCUAGUGCCAUGGAGCGUCAAAGUCUGGUCAGACCCAGUGAGCUAGAUGUGCAAGCAGAGAAAAGCGGGCGCGAUGAGGACACCACAUCGAUAGGUCCUGAAUCGACAUGCGAUGCUGACCUCGAAUAUCCACUUGCACUCGAGGGCCUAUUGGUAGCGAGCGCAGCCGAUAUAGCGUGUACACCUGGUAUCAGGAACAGAGUUAGACGAACGGCAUCAGCUACCGGGUCAAGUUUAGCUCUCUGGCGGGGCUGCUUCUCAUGUUCAAUUUGUAGUAGGGUUUUCCAACGUGUAAAGUGCUUUCAGGAUCAUGAGCAGUUAUGUAAAGAGGCGCCAAUAGAGACGUCGCGUUAUGCACGAAUUUCAUCUCUCAUAAUCCUUAGACCUGCGCCCGGCAUCGUUAAUUUCACCACUCGUCAGAAUUACAUCUUCUAUGAGGACGAAUUCCAAUCUUAG